GCCACUUUGUAAAAGGAUUGAGGGAGUUGGGCUAUUGUUUAAGAUUGUAUUUUCGGCCAUAGUAAUCUUGAGAGAGAAAAGUGAUUAUUUUGUGUUCCAUUAAUAUCAUUUUGUGUAUAGAAAAUAUCUAUAAUAUUUUCUAAAUAUUAUUAGAAAUAUUUUCUAUAGAAAUAUACAAGAUUAUUAUUAUCCCAAUUUUAAUCUUUAUAUUUUAUACUAGUAUAAUCUUUACUAGCAUAAAGAUUGUGGUAGACUCCGGCGUUGUUCGUGUGUCAAAGUUGGAGACCGGACGCUUGAACGGUUACGUUUGCACUUUCAACGCUCUUCCUCCGACUUCUUCGUUUUUACCGCAUACGGAGAAAGGAAUUGGAGAAGGUCAAUCAACCUCUAGGCCACCGCUUUUUGAUGGCACCAACUACACAUAUUGGAAAGAGCGGAUGAGAAUUUAUAUCCGCUCAACCAACUUCCAGUUGUGGUUGGUCAUCAAAAACGGCAAAGAAAAGCCAAUGAAGAAGGUCGGUGAAAAACUCGUCCCAAAGACCGAGGAUGAAUUUGAUGUCGAAGACAUAAAAAAGGUGGAGAACUACGCCAAGGCAAUCAACAUGCUGUACUGCGCAGUCAAGCCCGAUGAUUAUCGCAAGAUCUCUUGCUGCACCACCGCCAAAGAAAUGUGGGACAAGCUGGAGGUCACAUAUGAAGGCAAAAAGAUCGAUGACAUGUUUGAUCAGUUCUCAAAGAUCAUCAACUACCUUCAUGCUCUCAAAAAGACAUAUGCCAACAAGGAUCUCGUGAGGAAAAUCUUGCGGAGUCUCACACCUGAAUGGAGAUCAAAGGCUGACGCAAUCUACGAAUCCAUCGGAGUCUCCAAUGUCACCAUUGACGGGCUAAGAGGUAACCUCAAAACUUAUGAAUCUACUAUUCUAACCCCGUCUUUGGAUGAACAAAAGAAGAAAGGAAUAGCGCUCAAAGCAACCAAGGAGACCGUAGAAGAAGUCUCAAGCGAUGACGACAACGAGUUCGGACUCGUCAUCAAGAAAUUCCACAAAUUCAUGAAGAAGGAAUUUGAACGAAAAGGAAGAAAGCACGACGGUCCCCCGAAGUGCUAUGGUUGUGGCGAGAUAGGCCACAUCAAGCCGAGGUGUCCAAAAGGCAAAAGCGGCAAGGACAAACCUUGCUUCAAAAAGCAACAUGCCUAUAUCUCAAGGGGUGGCGACUCCGACGACGAGUCAACUGACCAAGAAGAGGAAGAAGCUGCCAACCUCUGUCUCAUGGCACACGAAGACCACGCCGACGAAAUACAAGAGAUCGAGCAGACUGCUCGAGUAUUGGAGGAUCUUAACGUACCCAUUGGCAACUAUCCUCGACUGGCAUCUCAGCUGCUUCGCAACGAAGCCUACGAGUGGUGGAAGAGGACCGAUGAGAGUGUAGGAACCCCUAAGCCAUGGACAUGGGCACAUUUCGAAUGGGCAUUCAAGCAAGAAUAUAUUCCAAAACGUUUUAGCGAAGAAAGACGUAAAGAAUUUGUUGAAUUGCAACAGGGAGACAUGACACUCCCCGAGUAUCGACAGAAGUUUACCAGACUUGCUAAGUUUGCACCAACCUUGGUGAGUACCCCAACCGAUUGCAUCGAGGAAUUCAGGAAGAAUCUUCGACCUGACCUUAGGUCGCGUGUGUCCGUCCUAACCACCGUGGAUUUUGCAGAGGCCUACGAUCUCAUAGCCAAGGCAGACAGCGACGUGAGUGCUUGCAUUGAGUAUCUGAAGACAAAUAAUGUCAGUUCAAACACUCACCGUCCCAUCAGCUCUGUCUCAAAAGGAAAAAGGCCCCUUCAGGAAUCUAGCAAUUCACACUUCUCAAAGAAAGGGAAAUCGGUGCAGACGGACUCUGUGGCGUCGGAAAACAAAUCAAGAGGGUGGAAACACCCAUUGUGCGAUACACGUGGGAGACAUCAUCCAGGCGAGUGUUGGCUUGCCCAAGGAUUAUGUCUAGGUUGCGGCAAACCUGGACAUUUUCGAAGGGAUUGCCCCACUAAUCCUGGCAAACCAUUUCCGACAGCCCCAGUUGUCAGUCAAUCAGCAUCAUGGAGAAAUCAUUCGACUGAAGAAGCAACAUGGGAAAACGAAGAGUCAAUGAGAACACAGUAUCUGAAUCUCGUCAAUCAAUGACUCAGGUAGGUAGAAUGAAUGAUUGGCUGAUUC